AGUUGGAGAUGCAGCCGCCCGAUGAGAGCAACCCUUAUGAGGAGGUCUACAAGGACUCUACCACCUUCCUGAAGGGUACCCAGAGUCUGAACCCCCAUAAUGACUACUGUCAACACUUUGUCGACACCGGACACCGACCACAGAACUUCAUCAGAGACGUCGGUCUGGCAGACCGGUUUGAAGAGUAUCCUAAACUCAGAGAGCUGAUCAGACUGAAGGAUGAACUGAUCUCAACCACCAACACCCCCCAUGUAUCUGCAGGCCGACCCAGAGCACUUUGACCUGCGUGAUCUGAAGACUAAG